GCCAUUUAAGAAGAUGAAAUUUAUGCUCAAAAGAUUGAGACUUACUCAAGUUCACCUAGCUGAGGAAGGAGCUGGAUAUCAAAUUCAGGUUUUGAAAUGUGAUAGUUAUGAGAAGACAGCAAUGUCCUGUCUACUUUUUUGAGGGAACACACCAGUACCACUAAUUUCAAUGUACGAUGGCUAUCCCUAACCCUCAUGCCCCAACACUCAAUGUUCUCUUUCAAUAUCCACUCUCUAGGGUUGCCUAUAGAUGUUCCCUCAGCUUUCUUUCUCUCUCUCUCUCUCUCUUUCUCUCUCUCUCUCUUUCUCUCUCUCUUUCCUUCCCUCUUUCUCUCUCUCUGACUAGUCCUAUCUCCAGAACUCAACAAGAACCACUAGAGCUACCUCUCAUUCUUGAAAUGAGUUGUGACUCAUUUCUAUCCUCUUCCCUACAACUUUUCUGCAAUAUAGUGUCUAUGGCAUCUAAGUUCUCCCUGGGACAAACAGAACUCAGUCUUGUUUUGAUGUGUUUUAUUUUAGCACUGUCUCGAUCAAGUAUUGGUAGUAUAAAAUGUUUAAAAACAAUUGAAGAACCUCUCCCCAGAACUGCAGGAGCCAUUAUGCAAUUCACAGCCCCUAUUCCUGGAGCUACAGGACCCAUCAAGCUGUCUCACAAAACCAUUGUGCAAACUCCAGGACCUAUUGUACAAUAUCCUGGACCCAAUGCUGGUCCACCUUCAGCACCCUGCGGUCCACCCGUGGCACCCAUAAUAAUUUCACAGAGAACCGCAAGAAUACCUCAAGUUCACACUAUGGACAGUUCUGGAAAAAUCACACUGACUCCUGUGGUUAUAUUAACAGGUUACAUGGAUGAAGAACUUGCAAAAAAAUCUUGUUCCAAAAUCCAGAUUCUAAAAAGUGGAGGCACUACAAGGUCUCAGAGUAGCCAAGAAGAAAACAAGGAAGCACUAAAGAAUGAUAUCGUAUUUACAAAUUCUGUUGAAUCCUUGAAAUCAACACACAUAAAGGAGCCAGAAAGAGAAGGAAAAGGCACUGAUUUAGAGAAAGACAAGAUAGGAAUGGAGAUCAAGAUAGACAGUGACGCUAGAAUACCAAAAAGACAGGAAACCCAACUAAAAAUCAGUGAGAUGAGUGUACCAAAAGGACAGGGAGCCCAAAUAAAGAAGAGUGUGUCAGGUGUACCAAGAGGACAGGAGUCCCAGGUAAAGAAGAGUGAGGCAGGUGUACCAAAAGGACAAGAAGCCCAGGUAACGAAGAGUGGGUUGGUGGUAUUGAAAGGACAAGAAGCCCAGGUAGAGAAGAAUGAGAUGGGUGUGCCAAGAAGACAGGAAUCCCAAGUAAAGAAGAGUGAGUCGGGUGUCCCAAAGGGACAAGAAGCCCAGGUAAAGAAGAGUGAGGCAGUUGUACUGAAAGGACAGGAAGCCCAGGUAGAGAAGAGUGAGUUGAAGGUACCAAAAGGACAAGAAGGCCAAAUAGAGAACAGUGAGGCAGAUGUGCCAAAGGAACAGGAGGUCCAAGAAAAGAAGAGUGAGGCAGGUGUACUGAAAGGACCAGAAUCCCAAGUAAAGAACACUGAAGUGAGCGUACCAGAAACACCGGAAUCCCAACUAAAGAAGAGUGAGUCAGGCAUACUAAAAGGACAGGAAGCCCAAGAAAAGAAAGAGAGUUCUGAGGAUAAAGGAAAUAAUGAUAAAGAAAAGGAGAGAGAUGCAGGGAAAGAUCCAGGUAAAGAGGAAAAAGGUGAUAAAAACACAAAAGGUGGCAAAGGAAAGGACAAAGUUAAAGGAAAGCGAGAAUCAGAAAUCAGUGGUGAAAAACCAAAAGGCUCAAAAAGGGCGAAGGCAAGUAAAGGAAAGAAGUACAACAAAAAAGCGGAAGAGUAAGGAUAUGUUUUUUAAAGGCCCAUAAGACAAGUGAUUAUUAUGAUUCCCAUCCUCCAGAUACAAACCAUAUCCCAGCCAUUGCCUAAACAGAUUAUAAUUAUAAAAUCCCUUUCAUCUUCAUAUCCCAGAUUCUGCUCUUCAGAAGUGUCACCCUUUUUAAUCUCUCAGUCACAAACCUCAGUUUCCAAAUAUUUGUUUUAUAAGUUAAUAUGUAUAUGAUUCCGUCAAGAAAGACUGGAUACUUUCUGAAGUAAAACAUUUUAAUUAAAGAAAUAUAUGGUAAUAUCCUUUGACAAGUAUGUCUAUUAUAGCCUCUCCAACCAAUCAACCAGUAACUCCUCAUGGCAGGCCUAAUGUUUGCAAGGCGCUGGUCUAGCAAUAAGGGGUGUACAGAAAAACACAAGUCAGAGCUCCUGCAAUCAAGUAGCUUACAAUAUAUAUAGUGAUAUAUGUGUACAUGGCAAUUUUUUAAGUAAAAUCUAAGUUACAAAAGAUAGUUUAGAUGGACAGCAUAAUCUAUCGUGGGAUGAGAAAGUAGAGGUGAUAACUUCCUGGGGAAGGGAGUAGUGGUAUAUGAUAUGUCACAGCAGAUGGAUAAGAUGUUGAUAUGCUGAGUGAAUUACAACAAGUAAAAGAAAGGCAAAGGGUUAAAGGCUGUCAUGCCAUGCUCCAGGUGCAGUAGGCAAUUUUGCUGUUACGGCAGUUUGAAAGGGAGAAUAUAAAGGGAUUUGAAAAACAAGCCAGGAAUUUAUAUUUUCCUCUUCAGGCAGCUGGGAGCAUUCCUCAAUGUUUGAGACACAGAGUGAAAUGAAAAAGGUUGUAUCAUUUUAAAAAUAGUUACUCUGUGAUUGUGAAAAAUAAGAUUAAAAAAAGAAACAUCACAGGUAGUAAAUCUAAUUAAGAAGUACUUGGAGUAAGUAAUGGAAA